AUGGACCCACGCGAUCCAUCUGCCUCGGUCAAGCGAUCCGUAAAGUCCAACACCAAAAGCUCCAAAGACAGUAUUGCCAGGCUUGCGGAUGAUCUUCUUCGUCAAUCUCUUAUUCGCAAGCCUGACAUUACUGCACAAGAAGCAUCAACAUUGAAGGCCAAGACGCCCCAUUCCUCAGCAAGCAUCACUCGCUCAAGCAUAUCCAAACCCAAGGGCUCUUCCGCAGCAGAUGAGUUGCUCCGUGCCUCUUUGGUUCGUGAUGCUUCAGGUUCUGGACCAAGCGUGCCUCCUUCCUAUCGAACCCACAACAAUGCUCCAACCCCAUCGUCAGUAACCAGGGUCAAGGAUAGCUCGACUAUCUCGGCUGCUUAUAGCAAGAGUCGGCUAUCAGCACUCAAGUCAGAGGUUGCGCGUGCCAACGCUGCAGCCCCAGCUUACUCCAAGUCUGGCUUGUUCAAAAGCUCCUGCUCGACUGAUAUACUGUUCCUUCUUGACACGACAUACUCUAUGAAUAAUGUGCGCGUCGCGGUGGUUGGAUACAAAGACCAUGGCGAUGAGCCCAACAUAGAGUUCCUCGACUUUACUACAGCUGUCACAGAGGUAUACAACUUCUUGGCCAGCCUUCAAGCAUCAGGUGGUGGGGAUAUCCCUGAGGAUGUUCUGGGCGGUAUACAGAAGGCUAUCAAUGCAUCAUGGAUGCAACACACCAGGUGUCUGAUCCACAUCGCCGAUGCCCCUCCUCAUGGACAUGCUCUACAUGACUAUGAGGAGAGUGACGAUGACUACUACAGAACAGCCAGUGAACCCCAUGGUCUCACUCAUGCAAAUCUCUUGAGCCGCCUUGUCAAACUCAAGGUCAACUAUGCUCUUCUGCGAAUCAACUCAUCUACCGACCGCAUGGCCCUGGAGUUUGGCAAGUCCUACAGCGGUGGCUUUUCGGGAGCGGACGUCAAGCUCCACGAGAAGAAUUCUUAUAACAUUGCGAUUGAGGACUCGCUCAUCUUGGCCAAGUCACGAGCCAAGAGAACAGCCACGAGUACUGGGCCCCUUUUCGAAGAACUCCAGCUCGGAACUGGAUACACAGCCAUCAAGCAUUUGGUUGUCAGCACUGUCACGUCUUCAGUAUCGCGUACAGCAAACCGCUUGACUCUGGCAAUGAGGGGCGGGAGCCGUGGUGGCUCGCACAUGUCUGGACGCCCAGAGUUAACUGCUAUCUUGGAAGAUGGCAGUGUUGCCAGAAGUGUAGCCAGCAAAAGCGUUGCUCUUGAGACAUCACCACCGCGCUGGAACACCCCUGGCUGGCUAGACAAGAAGCUCACCACGGAGGGCUUUUGUCUGGACCUGAGCGUCCAUGGGGCUGAUACACUGGAUGCAAUGUUGGACAACGAUGAGAACAUCAAGCUUGGGCUUGUCAAGCUCGAUAUCAACGCGCGUUCCAAGCCAUUCGCUGAAGGAUCUCUGCGCGUCGCGGCGUAUGCUCGCCCAGCUGCAACCACGAGCAAAUUCGUUCUCAAGUCAUUCAAACAUACUGAACACAGGCUCGCCAAUCUAAUUGAGGACAUGCGAAUGCAAGCGCUUUGUAAAGCAUUUGCGCUGGAGUUCAACGGGCUUAUCAAGUCCUCACAGCCUAUCGAUUUUAUAACUACGCUUUGUCUUCAGGACAUGUCUCGCGGAUCCAAGUCAGACGACAAUCUGUCGCUGGAGCCGUUUAUCGAAGGCGAAUACAUCAAGUAUAAUAGUAACGGGGUUUAUGUCUUGGAAGACGACACUAAUCCAUUCAAUGAGAUUGCGCAAGCCUUCUCGCAUUUUACCUUUGAGCGCUCCUGGGGCCAUUUUCUGGUCACGGAUCUUCAAGGUGUAGGUAACUCUUUCACCGAUCCUGCAAUUCAGACUAAGGAUCCUGAACGUUUCAAACUCGGUGAAACGAACCUCGGUGAAGAAGGGUUCAAGUUCUUCUUCGCCUUGCAUGAAUGCAAGGCGACAUGUCGUCAGCUGGGGCUUCUGACGAACAAGGAAAUGCUGGUAUCUGGCAAACUCACGUUCAGAAGCAAAUGGCCUGCUAUGGACCCAACAGUUUGUUGCUCUAAUAAACUGUGCCGCAAGAUUAUCCGACUUGCAACAGCUAACAAAUCAUCUGAUUAUCCUGAGCAUAACUGGUGUGAUGGGUGUUUCCCGCAGCUCAAGCUUAGUGAGAUAAAGGUGGCAUGUGGAGGAUCGAAACAUAAUUUCCAAGUUUCCAAGUUCUACCAUGAGAGUCAAGGCGAGAAGGCGCCGACUGUGUGUGAAGAGCAUAGGGAGAAGGAUGCCACUGUUACUAGUGUUGUUGGAGGUGGUUUGUGGGAGACUACGAAGUCGACUGAGAAGAAAGAGAUAUUAGGCAGAUUGUGGUAG